AUGAGCGUGCACAAAUUUUCAUAAACGCAAAUAUUUGCGGAGAUGUAAGAAUGUUUAAUGAUUAAAGGGCGAAUCUAAAAAUGAACACAAACGCUUUCCAGCUCCAAGUGUGCGCUUGCCUAGUGAACAGAUGAUCGCUCCACGGGAGACACGGCUCGCUCGCGGCCAGCUGCACGCACUGCGAAGCGUUUUGCUCCGGAGCGGAUAGAGGCACCGAGUGCUGCGGCGCACUGCACCCUCAUUAUAAGAGAAGAGGGGCGUCGUGGACGAGUAGAGCCGAGGUUUACAUGAAAAGAGGAUGUUCUUCAUCUGUGGUACUUCAACAGCAACAUCAUCUCCUCGUCUAAAUGUCUCAAUGAACUAUCCAACAUGUCUUUCCCGCGUACCUUUGUGAUCCAUCCCGAGACGGAACCGGUUUCACCUGAUCCUCCGCUAUGAUCGCGGCCAGCGCGUUGACUCAACAAAGGGGAUCCCGGUACAGAAUCGCUACGGACGGUCGGUCACCAUCGGUGAGGGACCCACACGCCUCUUUUAUUUUCAAUUUCAACCGUUUCGCUUGGUGGACAGCUUCCAAAUAUUCUGGCUACCCUGGAUUCCGCAGAAAGCGAGGGCUGGGAUGGAGAAGUGUUGUCGCAGCUGUAUGCCCUGUCUGAAGACGCUGUGGGACUGCAUAUGGCCCGAGUUUUACUAUCCGAGCAUGCCUCGACCGGCCGAGAUCCGCACGGUUUCGGGUGAUAUCCGUGUCCCGGCUCCGAAGAAGAAACCUGCGCAGCUGUACGCGGCGCUCUUCGACUUCGAAGCCCGCAGUGAGGAAGAGCUGACGGUGAAAGAAGGGGACAAACUGUCUGUCAUAGAAAAGAGGGGAGAUUAUGUACUUGCCAAGAAGCUGACGGGGUCUCUGGAGUCCGGACUGGUCCCUGCUAAUUAUGUGGCCCUAGUACAGGAUGAAUUCGCUAACUACAGAUGGUACUAUGGGAACAUAAACAGACAAAAGGCUGAGAAGCUGCUUCUGAGUUCACAGAACAAAACCGGCUCCUUCCUGGUGAGGAUCAGUGAGAGCCACAGCGAUGAAUAUACUAUCUCCGCCAGAAGUGAAAAUAGUGUCUUCCAUUUCCGUAUUCAUCGCUCAGCGAUUGGUGCUUACUUUGUAUCUGACAAGAUCUCUUUUGGUACUCUGGAUGAGCUCAUCAGAUACUACCAGCAGAACUCCAGAAGUCUGGGAUGCCCCUUAGACCAGCCAUGUGAACAGCAAAGGGAGCUAUUUGACAUGGAGCCAUGGGAGCGGCCGAGGGAGGAGUUUCAGCUGCUCAAGAAGCUGGGGGAGGGCCAUUUUGGGGAAGUCUGGGAAGCUGUCUGGAUCACAAAGACACAGAAAGUGGCCAUCAAGAUGCUCAAACAAGAGGACACUAAAUUGGAUGAGUUUGUGAAGGAGGUCCAUGCACUGAAAAACCUGCACCAUCCUAAACUGAUUGAGCUGUUGGCCCUGUGCACACGAGGGGAGCCGGUCUACAUUGUCACUGAGCUCAUGAGUAAAGGAAGUCUCAAACUGUAUCUUGCUUCACCCGAGGGUCAGGUGUUGACCUCUGCUCAUCUGAUCUACAUGGCUGGUCAGAUAGCAGAAGGAAUGGCGUAUCUGGAAGAUCGACACAUUGUCCACAGAGACCUUGCAGCUCGAAACAUCCUGGUUGGGGAAGACCUGGUGUGUAAAGUGGCUGAUUUCGGUUUGGCUCGCAUCAUUAAGGAUAGUGUGUAUACCGCUAGUAGAAACACUAAGAUUCCUGUGCGGUGGACGGCUCCAGAAGCUGCUCUCUACCAGCGGUUCUCAGUCAAAUCUGACGUCUGGUCCUUUGGAGUGCUGCUGUAUGAGAUAAUGUCACGUGGAAAGAUGCCAUAUGAUGGGAAGAAUAAUAAGGAGGUGUUGGAGAUCCUGUCAUCGGGGUACAGGUUACCGUGUCCAAAUCGCUGCCCUCCAAACAUCUACCGCAUUAUGUUGGAAUGCUGGCAGGCGGAGGCUUCAAAACGGCCCUCGUUCCAUGCCCUUCACAGUCAGCUGGAAAAUAUCUACUCCAGAAUCUACUUCAAAACCAUUGAGGUGUAGAAGAGGUGGACUGAAACAGAAGAUUCUGUGUGGACAGAAAGGAGAAUGAAGAAAAGACUUGCAUGGACAAAGUGCACAUACAAUGGACUCUUUUUGACUGCUUAUGCUAAUUAAGUUAUGUGCAAUAAUAAAUGCUUGUUUACGGAUUUUAAAGAGGAUAAAAGAUUAAUUGAGUUUGGAGGAGAGAAACAUGCAUCUUUUCUUACAAUGACCAGGCCAGAUUAUCUGUAGCACGUCAGCGAAUCUUUAUCAUGAGUGGAUCAAGAUGCCAAGCACUGUUAUUUACUGUCAUAAUAUCCGUAUUUUAGACUGCAGUUGAGUUGAUCUGGCUAAUUCAGAUUCUGUAGUAAUAGGAACAGGAGAUUAUUUGAUCUGAUGUUUUCAGGUCAGAGUUUAUGUUUACAAAAGACUGACCUGCCAGUACGGACAGGUGUCUUGACGGUGAAAUCUACGGCGAUUUUUAAGUUGGAUCUGUUGAGUGUCUUUAGCCUGUGUGAAGGCAGGCUGCACAAAUAACUGUACUAGGUACACGAUAUUGAAAUUAACACAGGAGCCAUAUGACAAAACUACCUGGGUAGGUGUCCUCAUGAUCGGUUUCGUAGAAAUCACAUCCAUGUCAGAAGUCAAUUGUCUUCCAAUGAAUUAUACAAGAUGAAUUCUUAAGAUAACUCUUGUAAAUAAAAUAUUUUUUCAGUAUA